AUGAAUUUCAACAACCCCUUUCCGGAGCAAUCCCAAUACACUGACGAAGAACUCAUGACACUCCUGAACGAAGAUCCCGAUUUGACAUCAGCCCCUCAUACCGCGCCAGAGACUUCACUGCCCCACGGCUCAGUUGGACAGAACAGGUUCAGACAGGACUUCUACAGUGCACUUUCGAACGACCGAUACUGGCAAGAUCCUCCGCCUGAGACCCUUGCAAACAACAGCAGCUACUACGACCAAGAACAGCCGUACACGCCCGGGAGCGUCCAACCUGGACAUUUCGUCCCCGGUAUCUACUCGCCUGGAGGAUACGAGCAAGUACGACUGCAGUACCAGCAUCGAACAGAACCUACUGUGGCCCUCGACACACCCAGCAGCUUGGACAACGAGGCUUCAUAUUCCCCGGCUGCGGCUAACCCAAGUUAUAACACUGGAACAACUCACGACUGGAACGAUCAAAUCAACAUGCACACAUCUGGCGAGAGCGUACCCGGACAGUCGGCCCAUGACUGGAACCAGCAAGAAGGACACAGUCAUCUAGAGACUGGUCACCCGCAUCAGCCAGAGAGCAACGUAGCCUUCGGCUCGCCCAGCAGCUUAGGAUACGACUUUACGUAUCCCCCGACUGCUCUUAACCCAGUGCAAAUCACUGGACGUCCAGUCUUAGCGCAUGAUCGUACACCAUCGCCCAUCUCGCUCAUAGCGACCGGUGAUGCACCGGCGCCCCAGCUGUCCGAGAACAAGGACGCUGGAACUGGCGAGCAAGCUGCUGACGGCGCUAACGGCGCGGGCGCUGUUAAAUCUACCACACCCAAGCAUAUCCUCGAAAAAGAGAAGCAAGCCCGGGCCGCGAUCAGGAAGCUGAAGGCCAAGACCAGUAUGGAUGGGCAGAUGGGCGAGUCUAUCACUAUGGUUCGUACCAACACUGGAGUUGAGUUCAGUGGUACGAUGUGGAAGGCGCCUGCCAAUGAUGUGACCAUUCCUACAACAGAAGAUGACAUCAAGGCCUGCGUCAAUGCUCUUGACCUGGCAAUGCACAACGUCGAAAACAUCCGGGAGAAGGCCGAUGUCAAGUCAUCUAACAAUCGGUGGAACUCUGAGUCGAAGUACUAUUUCCCGGAAGAGUACAAUGCAGCUGCUGGCCUGCUUGUGAAAGAGCUUAUCAAAAUCCACACCGACGGUUGGACCAAGCAGAUCUUCGACCAGAACGAGCGUGAGCAAUGUCAGCUCACCCAGUUCUACACGUUUGAAGAUCGGUUCGAAGGUCUUCGGGAACUGCUUCACUACUCCAAGACAUCUUGCCAAGACAUCAUGAAGGGUUCCCGCUUCUACACUAUCAUCGCCAACCCGCGCAACCUGAUCCAUCGCACGGCGACCAACAAGACUGCCAACGUCAACAAAGGUCAGCAGAUUCGGGCAGGUAAGGUGGCAAUCAAGAAAGAAAGCAGCAAGGCAGCUUCUUCCAGCGCGACACCUUCUUCCAGCAGCGAAGACAAGGCAACACAGCAGGAUGGUGAGGAGGGUUCCAACAGCGAGGAAUCCACAAAGGUCAAGAAGGCCCCAAGGGGCAAGAAGCGCGCUCGCGAAGAGACCUUCGUUGCAGAGGACCCAGCUGGCCAAGCACCUCGUAAGAAAGCGCCUGUGAAGAAGCGUCGCAGCGAGUGA